AAAUUUAUGAGCUUAAAAAUGAACGUAAAAAUAAUUUGGCAUUUUUACUGCCUGCACUGGGUGUUUGGUGGUAAUGUACAUUGACACAACACAUAUCUGUCUGAAUACUGACACCUUAUGGCUAUUUAUGAAGGAAUCGUAGUUCAUAGUAAAUGUUCGUGAAGGAGAGAAGGUCAUUUUAUGUGUGGGGCAAAGAAAAGAUUAAUGUAUUUCAUCCAUGACUAAAUGUGUAGUAGCUUUUGUGUUACAUUGAUUAAGAAUAUUAUAAAAUACAUUUUAGAAUAACACAUUUCAUUUUAGUGGUAUAUGGAAUAAUGAUUUUGAUUUGGGUUUCUAGGUAGGAUCACGCUGCUUUGUUAUAUAGAAUGACAUGCAAUGUACUGUAUAUGCAAUGUCAUGGUUAUGAGGUCAUUUCAAAGUCAUCCUGACUGUGGAUUAAAAAUUCCUCUAAUAUUUCAAAAUAGCAACAAAUAAGAAAACCAUUCAAACAUUUUCUGAUAUUGCUACAAAUAGCAACAAAUAAGAAAAUAAAAUCAAUUUUCAUCCACAAACUAAUAAUGUUCAAUUUUACCACUCGCAGGGUGUAUUCACACCAGGAAAGUCCACUAGUUCACUUGCUUUGGUCCGGACCAAAUACAAUGUCGAAUUUUUUUAUUUUUUGGUAUGGUUCGCUUUCACACUGCCCUUUUUGCAAGUGAACCAGAAAUUGUAAACAAAAGCACACGUGUGCUAAGUUAAUCCAUUCAACCAUACCAGAGUUCGUUUGGAGACCACCUCUUCGGCCAGGUCUCGGUACCGUUGUUUGGUCCUCCCCCGAGAGUGAUUGCUGUAUUCUCACCCUUCCAAAAGAUCUGCACCAACUUGAGUUCGAUUCCAUCGAUCCAAACAAGACAGGUGUGAAUACACCCUUAAAUUCAUAAUGUUUGAAUGUCUGUUCACAACAAUCCUGAAAAUUGUAACAUUUAACAUUAAGAAUAAAUCUGCACUGGAUGUCUGAUAAACCCUACUGUACAGCUCCUGGGAUUGAGGACCCUCAGCGCUGCGCAUUUUAUGACAAAGCCAAUUGAGAUCACGUCUCGCUUAUCUAACAAACCUGAUUACAUCCACAAUGUGUGGUGCCAGGGUGCCUGGUGUGAAACCUCCUCUCCUAGAAGAUUAUUUAUAACAUUAAGAACAAAUGUUUUGUUAUUAAUAUUGAAUGCAGAUAAUACAAUUUAAAUAUUGAAAGUCCAAGGUAAACAAUAUUCAGUGUGCAGGUGAGAUAUACUUGUACCUCACCCAUAAAUAUCAGUACAGAGGUUAUAUGAAUCUGCAACGUCAUUUAUGUCAAUAAAGAUGUUUUGUUAUGCAAGAGUGUUCAUUGUCAUCACUACAAUAUAAAGCAAGCUGUUCCCUUCCAGAACAACUUUCAGUUUGAAGAGCUCUGCUUGUGCAGCUUCUGACAUACAAUCAUGGUUAAGGCAAAGACGUGGAUCCUCAAAAAACACUUUGAGGGCUUUCCUAAGGAAAGUAACUUUGAACUGAGAGAAGAAGUUCUGCCAGAGCUUCAAGAUGGAGACGUGCUUGUGGAGGCAGUCUAUUUAAGUGUUGAUCCAUAUAUGAGAUCUCUGAGUAAAAUGUGGAUAAAAGAGGGGGAUGUUCAAUAUGGAACUCAGCUGGCAAAAGUAGUGAAGAGCAAGGACCCAGCAUUUCCUGAGGGUUGUUACGUGGUUGCUAAUUGUGGAUGGAGGACACACACUGUAACCAAAGCGAAUAAGGGUCCAGCUGGGCCGGUCUUGGCCCGUAUAGUAUCUGAAUGGCCCAGUGAUAUUUCAAGGUCCCUGGCUCUUGGUUCCUUGGGGAUGCCUGGUUUAACUGCUCUGUAUGGUCUGGAAGAGGUGUGCAAGAUACAGCCCGGUGAGACGAUUCUGGUGAGCGCAGCAGCAGGUGCUGUAGGUGCGAUGGUGGGGCAAAUCUGCAAGAUCAAAGGUUGCAAGGUUGUGGGUUCAGCAGGAGGUGAUGACAAGGUGGCAUACCUGAAAGAGCUGGGCUUUGACCAGGUCUUCAACUACAAGAAUGUCUCCUCUCUGGAGGAAGCGCUGAAGAACGCUUCACCUGAAGGAUACGACUGCUACUUUGAAAAUGUGGGAGGGCCCUUCUUUACCGCAGCACUCAAAAACAUGAAGCCAGGAGGUCGUAUCGCUGUUUGCGGUGCAAUAGCCACUUACAAUGACACAACACCGCAGAUGUGUCCUUAUCCUCACCAUGAAAUAAUUACACGACAACUGAAGAUAGAAGGCUUUAUGGUGAGAUCUUGGCAACACAAAGAUGAAGAAUCUGUCAAGAGAAUGCUUAAAUGGAUGAAGGAGGGCAAACUGAAGGCGAAGGAAGUGGUCACUGUUGGCUUUGAGAACAUGCCAGCUGCAUUCAUAAGGAUGCUGAAGGGUGAUGGACUUGGGAAGGCUAUUGUUAAAGUCUGAAGCAUGCUUAGAAAUCCAUCUGUUUUGUUUUUACAUAAAAUACAAUGCGACACAUUUGGGUAACUUGUCCACUAAGUUUUUUUUUCUUUUUUUUUGGUAGUAGAAAUGAUGUUACAAGAAGUGCCACUAUUUUAACUGUCUUUCAUUUCAAUAUGUUUACAAAUAAAACCAUAAGCCUCAUAUUUAUGUUGUAUAUGGUCAUACCUUCCCAUAUCUUCCUUGUCUGAUUAAUAAUGCAUUAUUUCUGUCCUUUUUUUCUGUCAUUCUUCUGGGUUCUAGAAUUUAAAAUAUGUAAAAAGCAAAAAGAUUCUAUUGCUACACCGCAAACAAUUAUAAAAAAACCGAAAUCUACUGAAAUGGCCGAAGAAGAAGAAGAGAUGAUUCAGAACAUGUCAGCUGCUAUGUC